UAAUUUACCGACAGUUCGCCAACAAACUUCGCGCGGUAAACGCGCUCUCGUUUUAAAUAUAAGCGGAAUGCAAAUUCCCGCGUCUCCCAUUUGUUUACUUAAAAUGUUAACUGAAUAAUUUAUUCUAUUUAACCGAAAUCAAAAAAGAAUAAAAACGUUGUUGUGAGUAAUGCGUAGUUCAUAAAUUUAUUCAAUUGUUCAUCCCAGUAUUGGUGACAAAAUUAUCGGAAAUUUGCUUUUUCCUAAGAAAUAAUGUUAAUCAAUACGAGUUUAUUCCUGCUAUGUGCGCUGGUUAUAUCUGUCGUUGAAGCCACUGUACCAGUGACGGCCAGCGCGAAUGAGAUCAACCAAUUACCGAGGAAAAAGUCCGUGAACCCAAGUGCUCCCUUAUACCCACGUGCCUCGGAAACCAGAGAUGUGAAGACAUUAGAUGGUAUUUGGAAUUUUAGAAAAUCGCCAACCGACCCGGAAUUCGGUUACAAAAAUGGAUGGUACGAACAGGAUCUUGAUAAGACUGGUCCCGUGAUACCGAUGCCAGUACCAUCGUCAUACAACGAUGUGGGCGAAGACGCGUCAUUACGCGACCACGUCGGUCUGGUGUGGUACGACCGCCGCUUCUUUGCGCCGUGGUGGUGGGGGCAAGCUGGACAGCGGGUCUGGCUGAGAUUCAGCAGCGCACACUAUGCUGCCCAAGUUUGGGUAAACGGAAAAUCAGUUAUGUACCACGAAAUCGGUCAUCUUCCUUUUGAAGUCGAAAUCACAGAUGUGGUGUUAUAUAACACAAGUAAUCUCCUCACAGUCGUCGUGGACAAUACCUUACUCAGUGACACAGUCCCACAGGGUACUCUUAAGGACAUUAUCAUAGCGAACAACAAAGUCCGCCAAGAGCAAAGCUACACAUUUGAUUUCUUCAACUACGCGGGCAUCCAUCGCACUGUGUUCCUGUACACGACGCCGCAGACUUACAUCGAUGACGUCAUUGUCAAUACUGAUAUACAAGGCCUUACAGGUUUCGUAGUAUACAAUGUAACAUAUAAGAGCCAUACAAACGCACAAUGCGUGGUACAAUUAUUCGACAAGAAUGACACGCAAGUAGCUGGCUCACAGGACUGUGCUGGGUUACUGGAAAUCGGCAACGCUAACUUCUGGUGGCCGUAUCUUAUGCAUCCUGAACCAGGAUAUUUGUAUACUUUUAAAGCAUCUUUAAUAGGUCCACUCGGUGAAUUAGUGGACACGUACAGCCAAAAAGUGGGCAUCAGAACGGUGACGUGGAGCAACACAACUGUGUAUUUGAACGACAAGCCUAUAUACUUGAGAGGAUUUGGAAUGCACGAGGACUCUGAUCUCAGAGGAAAAGGUUGGGAUCCCGUUCUUUGGGUGAAAAACUUCAACCUAAUCAAGUGGGUAGGCGCGAAUGCCUUCCGCACCUCGCACUAUCCCUACGCGGAGGAGAUUUACCAAAUGGCGGACGAGCAUGGCAUUAUGAUUAUAGACGAGUGUCCGAGUGGUGAUACCGACAUUUUCACUGAUGCGCUUCUCGAAAAGCACAAGCAAUCGCUCACAGAGCUGAUACGUCGCGAUAAAAACCAUCCCAGCGUCAUAAUGUGGUCCAUCAGUAAUGAACCUAGGUCUGCUAAUUAUAAAGCAGAUGCCUAUUUUAGCAAAGUGGUAAAACACGUUAAAUCGAUGGACUUAUCGAGGCCAGUAACUAUAGCUAUCUCACAGACGUACCUGAAUGACAAAGCGGGUCAACAUUUAGACGUGAUUUGCUUCAACCGUUACAACGGCUGGUAUGCCAACACGGGCUCCUUACUCAACAUAGCGACCAACGUUGUCGAUGAAGCAACGGCCUGGCAUCGCAGACAUAAUAAACCGGUCAUCAUGACCGAGUAUGGAGCUGAUACAGUGGCUGGAUUGCAUUUGAUUCCGGAAUACGUGUGGUCGGAAGAAUAUCAAGUCGCGCUAAUGUCGGAGCACUUCAAAGCGUUUGAUCGUUUGCGACGCGCGGGUUUCUUCGCUGGCGAGUUUAUAUGGAACUUCGCUGAUUUUAAGACUGCACAAACAAUAAUCCGCGUGGGUGGCAACAAAAAGGGCAUAUUCACACGCUCGCGACAACCCAAAGCGUCAGCGCACCAUCUCCGCGCCAGAUACCUCGCGCUCGCCGCCGCCGAGUCGGGCGCGCCACCGCCGGAGCUGGCAUAUUAUGUCAGCGACCAUAAGCCGCCUGUGCAUGAAGAGCUAUAGACAAUACCGACCUUAAGCACCUCGUGCAUAACAGAUAUAGACCGCGACCAUAAACCAUCCAUGCAUAAAACCUAUAGAUAAUAGCAACCAUAAACCACCGGUUCAUAAGAGACAAUCUACUCUGUGAAACGUAAAGCUUGGCUACGAAUGGAUGCACUAGUUUCUGUGUGUAGGUACAGGGUUAGUACGGAUAUAAACAUUUCUGUAUGGAUUCCAUUUUCGCUUCGUGUGUAGUUUUCGGCCAAGGUAUUAUAGAAUUAUAUUUACAAUGUAAGUUUUUAUAUUGACUUUAGAAUAUAGGGUUUCAUUAGUUUCACUGCCACACUUUAUAUUGUUUAAUUUUUCUCUUUUGACAACAUUAAGCUAUAGUCAUAAUGAAUUUAUUUAUGAUAUAGUUUCAAAAUAAUUUUGAAAAGUAACGUAUACUUAUGUACAAUCUAGUUUUUGCUAAAAUUGUGUGUGACCUAGAAAUUAGAUCUAUUUUCGGUAAUACAAAAAAAAAAGUUAUGUUUAAAAAUGAACGUUAACGGCUGAUGAAUGUUACUGAAAGAUAUAACAUAGAAGCAUUUAUUUUCUAAUUUAAUUAAGGUUGAACCCACCUAUAAUUAUUUUUAUAAUCGCAUAUCUAAAUGAAUGUAAAAUUAAUAUGAUGCAUUUAUAUUGUCACUUCUUAAACUUUACUUGCUCCUAAACUACAUAAGAUUUUUUUAGGAUUUGAGGUUGUAAAAAUUGACAUCCGUCCCCAAAUUCCGUCCCCGUUAUUCAUAACAAAAUUGUUCAAAAAUAUGACCAGUACCAUACCUUCAACGUAAAAUUUAUAUCUAUAUUUUACGAGAACUUUUAAUGAUUGAAUUUCUUAUAAUUUAUGCGACUAAGUGCCAGUAAAUUUAAUAUAGAAAAUGUAUGUAUUGUAAUCAAUCGAAACAUGUUUAUACUUAUUAUGUGUAAUAUUUUCAAAUGUGUUACAACAUAAUAAUUUUGUACCUAUCAGAGUUACCUGUUUACCCUUGCUUUUUAAAAGUAAAUAGAAAUCAAUAU